UUACAAUGACACAAGCAAACUCUUUUCAUACAUAUUUUCUUAGAGAUACACUUUAUUUAAAAUGUGGAUUUCUGUUACAGAUUUGACUCCUGUGGCUUGUUAUGAAGAAGAACAUGAUGAAUUACCAUGGCAAAAGCUACCACAAAAACCACUAUCCCAGUCAUUUCUUCUCAAUUAGCAUGCUGUGUUUCAAGAUCUUUUGUUACAAAUAUCCAUCAGUUGGUUUUUCAGCGAACAAAAAUGAAGGCAAAAGGUGUCUGCAGACUAUAAGAAAAAAAUUCUUGGAAGGAAUUUUCAGUUAUAGAAUGGAAUUAAGGUUUUGCACAUUACCUUGUAGGCUGUGCAUUCUUCCUUAUUUCUUGGACAUGGAUAUCUACAUUUGGUUCUGCUCUUAUAUGUUCUGUUACAAGAUUUAUCAGUGUCUUGGUAUAUUCCCGCCAGAUUACAAAAAUAAAGUGGAAUCACAAUCAAAAAGUGUGCCUGUUUCAUUGCCCACAUGGUGGAUGUAUUUUCCAGCAUUAAGAUUAUCUGGUAUGGGCUACAGAAAGAAUUUCCAAACUCAGCAGCAACCCCCUGAAAGCUUUACAGUCAAGGUGAAAUGCUUUAAUGAAGUGGAAUCACAAUCAAAAAGUGUGCCUGUUUCAUUGACCACAUGGUGGAUGUAUUUUCCAGCAUUAAGAUUAUCUGGUAUGGGCUAUAGAAAGAAUUUCCAAACUCAGCAGCAACCCCCUGAUUGCUUUACAGCCAAGGUGAAAUGCUUUAAUGAAGAGAAAUCAGAAGAAAAUGAAGCUUUAAAGGAAGAAACUGAAAAUCAACGCAAAGCAUUUGAGAAAUUACAAGAAGAAAAUAAAGCUUUAAAGAAAGAAACUGAAAAUCAACGCAAAGCAUUUGAGAAAUUACAAGAAGAAAAUAAAGCUUUAAAGAAAGAAACUGAAAAUCAACGCAAAGCAUUUGAGAAAUUACAAGAAGAAAAUAAAGCUUUAAAGAAAGAAACUGAAAAUCAACGCAAAGCAUUUGAGAAAUUAAAAGAAGAAAAUAGAGCUUUGAAGAAAGGGAAAUUACAAGAAGAAAAUGAAGCUUUAAGGAAAGAAAAUGUAGAACUACGCAAGGCAUUUAGUGCUGAAAAGUAUAUUUUAGAUUAUGAAUGGAUCAAAAUGAAUGAAGUUUCAAGCUCCAAUCAGGUCCUGCUAAGUGAUACUGAACAUCCAGAACUCCAUGUUUCAGAUGAUUGCAAACAAGUGCGAUUUAAAGAAACAAGUCAUCAGUCAGAAAGAUCAGAGAUGCAGUGGCCAUGUGUGUUUGGCAAAGAAAAAUUAACAGGAAGCCACACCUGGGAUGUAGAAGUCGGAGAGAAAAGCAGCUGGGCUCUGGGAGUGACUGAGAAUAUUGAGAAUAUAAAGGAAAAGAGGUAUAUCCCAGUAGCCCAUGAACAGGGCAACUGGAUUAUCACUUUGUGGAAGGGUAAAAAGUUUCAGGCCAACUUUGCUGACCUCACUGACCUUCAGCAUAAACCAAAGAGGAUUCGAGUUCACUUGGAUUGUGAAAAUAAAAGGCUGCUUUUCAUUGACAUUGAAACCAGAUUGUGGAUCCAUAAAUAUGAAAUCAACCCAUCUGAACAAUUCUACCCUAUCUUCAGUCCUGGGACUUCUGACAAAGGUCCCCUCAUACUGUUUAAUAGUAAGUGAAAUUGAGUGUUGGCAGCCUGACUGACUGACAGUGUCUAUACUGAUGAAAGAGGUACUGUGACUGUAGAGCACUAUAGUUUAUUGAAAGAAAUUAAAUAAGCCAGCCAAAAUAAUUUUAAUGUUCGACUUUGGAUUGCGGGCGGCACAGAGGUGCAGUGGUAGCGCUGCUGCCUCGCAGUAAGGAGACACAGGUCUUCCCUGCGUGGAAUUUGCAUGUUCUCCCAGUAUCUGCUUGGGUUUCCUCCCGGUGCUCCAGUUUCAUCCCACAGUCUAAAGACAGGCAGGUUAGAUGCACUGGUGAUUCCAAAUUGUCCCUGGUGUGUGCUUGGUGUGUGUGUGUGUGUGUGUGCCCUGCGGUGGGCUGGCACCCUGCCUGGGGUUUGUUCCUGCCUUGCCCUGUACUGGCUUGGAAUGGCCCCAGCAGACCCCCGUGACCCUGUGUUAGGAUAUAGCAUGUUGGAUAAUGAUGACUGACUGACUGACUUUGGAUUGCAGGACAAACUGGGUAUUAUUUUAGUGGGUACACAAGGUCUGUUAAGACAGCAGGUUUAACAGGGAUGCAGACGUUCUGCUGUGUAUCCCCUUUCCAUUCUACAUUAAUGAAUGAAUGGCUGAGAAGCUCUUACUAUACCAGUAUCAGCCUGUACUUCAUAGGCUAACAAAAGUGUAAAUCAGAAUUCAACUGACAUCUCUAUAAAAUCUUUCAUACAUGAAGGUGCUCAAAUGGCCACCUAAGUUUGAACAAAGAAUCAUAAUUCAGUGAGCACCAACCUUGAUAGAAAAAAUAAAAUGCCUGUAAGCAGACACUGGAUUUGUAACUGGAAGGUACUUUAAUCCAAUCACAAGGGACCUCAUGUAUAAACGGUGUAUUCACACAAAUAUGUUGUGUAUGCCCAUUUCCACACUCACUUUGAGAUAUAUAAAAAUUAAACUUGGCAUAAAGCCACGCACACUUUCACGGCAACCUCACACCUUGCAUACACAUGUUUCUGCUUGGUUUUGCAAACUGGCGGCACCCAGCGUCAAAGCAGUGCUACUGCUUCUGUGUCAUUUACUUUUCUUUAUCAUAUUCACUUCGUGGGCAUUAUCAAAUACACCAAAAUUAAUUUCAUAUCAUUUACAAAUUUAAUUCACUUGAUUGUGAUCUUUCUGUAACAAUAUAAUGGUGCACAGAAUGGCCAAACUAUUCUAUCUACCAUAGCUGCUUAAGCAUUGUUAAGAGACAUCACAAAUGGAAGAAUUAGAAGAGAGCACGUACUUAUAGAUGAUGGUGAUGGGCUUCUAAGAUAAUUUUAAUUUCCAAGAGCUACCCUGUUUGAGCUAUGUGCUGAAUUGGCACCAGCUUAACAAAAGCAAACUUUGAGAAAUUCUGCUGUGCCUGCUCCAUUGCAUGUUCUGUCCACUCUCGGGUUUUUAGCCACAGGAGUUUUUCAACGUGAAUUUGCUGACUCACGGAGUCACUCACUGAAUGAGCUGGCAUUAUGUCAUAUCUAGCUGGAUAACUUAUAAAAAUGGCAGUUCUGCACAGUCGCUGGUGCUUUUUCCAACUAGUGCAGCAAAAGGCAAGCAGUUCUUUUAAGGGUAGAGAGUCACCUCAAAGUAAAGAGGAGAGAAUUGAUCCGUUGUGGUGCUCAAUGCCAACACUACACUAUAAAGGUGCCUUCAGAGAAUGAAUUUGCUUAUGUAAAUAGAAAGUAUUUCCACUCUAUUAAUGCGCUGCUCUGUAGUGCACAGUAAGUGUGUUGCAAUGAGCAAUUGUGUAGCGUGCUGCAUAGUACGACACAUAAUCGUGGCUUGCCCGUACCUGAAGAGAUGCAGUAUGAUGAACUUGACCCUGACCUACCAAAUGAUCAGCCAAAUUGGGCAGGGUUACAACUUUGUUUGAAUGUAAGUAGCAGAAUGAAAAAAACAAGUAAUCAGAUGCAGCAUUUAUUUUUUAACCAAUCCAUUUAAUUUAUGGUCAAUAUCACAUAGUACAGCCCUUAUAUUCCUUAGUUCAUUGGCCACAUCUCUAUUGCAUUUUGUGACUCCAGAACAGUGUCCGUCAGCAAACAGCCAGAUGGCCUCCCAGAGGUGUGUGUGCAGCCAGCACCCGAAGACGUGCUCGGUACAGCAGCAACAUCACUGCCUGACCAUCGCACCUGGGUCAGCUUUUGUAAUAUUGUCUGAAACAGAAUAAAUAGUCGGUGGACUGCGACUUUUCACGUUGACUGUGAUAUCUAACCACUUCUUUUUUUAUUUUGGGCACUGUGUAACUUUCUGAAGUUGAACUUAUGAGUGUCUCUGCCAUGCUUUUGUUAAUUAUACCACUGCAUACUCCAACAAAUAGUACAUUUUUCUUUGCCUCCACUUUGCAUUCACUGAAAUUCUUCUUUUUUCACAUGCCUUUUCCACUGUCUUUUAUCCCAACACUGAAUGGAUGGUAAUAUUUAUAUUGAUCUGUAUAUUAAAAUAUGCAAAAUUCUGGAAGGAGUUGGGAUGGGGAUGUAAGCACAUGCACAUGCAUUAAAUUUCACGUUCAUUGGGAUUUAUAAAGAGAAAGUGUGUGGAACUUGGCAUACACACAGAUUUAUACAUCUAGAGUUUUUUGUGCAUGCGCAUGUUUCCACUUUUGUCCGUGUGUCAUGUUUUAGUGUGAAUUCCACGCACAGCAUUAUACAUGAGCCCCCAGAUUUUUUUUUUUAGUGAUUUUUAAUCCUGUAUUCACUAUAUACGAUUUCUUGUAUUAAGAAUUUGUCAUUUUUCGAAUAGCCCAACUUACUUUCCAGAGAGUUUUGGGGUCAGAGGGCAGGGUCAUCAGUUUGGACAGCACUCCUUCUGUCACUGCAGGAUUUGAACCGGCAACCUUUGAUUUACCAGCAAAGAUCCUUUAGCCAGAAAGACACCACUCUGCCCUUACAUCUUCCUUUAAACCAAGCUGCAUUCAUCUCUUCUCUCUCUUGAAAUCUCUUUGAAGCCUCUCUCUUUGGUGGUGGGAAGCCAUCUACUCUUACUGAAACCAAAAAGUUUAUGAGCCACUCCUGUUUGGGGAGCUGAAAGCUGAUUGUCCUCUUCCUUUUCAGGACCUGAACAUUGAACAUCAAAUUCAAAGACUUGGUAUUGUAAAACUGUUUAUCUGUGCCAUGAUAAAUUAGAGCGCUAAAUAGCCAGUAAACAGCCAGCAGCUCCUGUAUUUAUAUGUUCAUCUGUCAUGUGUCAUGCCUCCUCUGUCAAUAUAUGUAUGCAAUAAUCAUAGUUCUGUCAUCUUUGUGUUUAUCAAUAAGUUGUAUAAUUCUGUUUAUUAAAAUGAAUGUGUUUCAGUUAACUUGAUAUAAAUAUCAGUUGGAGACCCUUUCUGUUGAGGAAGGUAAGGAAAAUUAAAUAGGAGCCUCACGAAAUCAUUUGAUUUAUUGCCGGCAUUGCCAAAGGCAAAACAUAUUUAAUUCACUAACUUAAAUUCUCUUCUUUGUCCUACAGGGUCAGAAAUUGAUGUAUCUAUACUUAUAUUUUGGAAAGAAUAUUUAAUAUGCAGUCAAAUGAAGGUUUUUAAAAAUUUUAGAAAGAGCAGGAAAUACAUUCUAACCCAAAUCAAUACAGGAUGUUUUUUACCAGCUUCCUAGGAUUUGUUUGAUUUUUGCUUAACCUGAAAAUAGGAAUAUAAUACCAUACCAUACUAUUCUCUAAACCUGCUUAAUCCUGACCAAGGUUGAAGGAUUUGUGGGGGUACCAGACCCUGUCCCAACAAGUAUAGGGUGUAAGGCAGAAACAUACCCCUGGACAGGGUGCCAUUCUAUCGCUAUAGGGCCAAUUUAGCGUUGCCUGUCCAACUAACAUGCAUGUCAUUGUGCUGUGGGAGGAAACUUGAACAUGUUCGGAAACCCAUAUUAAUAUGAUGAGAACAUGUAAACUCCACACAAGGAGGUCCUGGGAUGUGAACCCAACCCCAGUCUCCUUACUGUGAGGCAGCAGUGCUACCAGUGUGCCACCUUUGGGAAAAUAAUGCCACAAUAAUCUGUAUGUCUUGCAUAGAUGUUAGAGUAUUAAAAUGCAUUGUUUUGCUCUACUGCUUGAAAGUUGUACACUUACCUGGGCAAAGGUGGGUUUGUAGGUCAGUGCAAAGCUGUCAGGUUGUCUUUGUAUAGUCUGCAGAUGUGACAACAGAGGAACGUUUUGAGGUUGAAAAGAAGAAAGCAGGUUUUGCAAAUGCUGUGAGAGCAGAGCCCAUUCAUUACUUGAAUUAGGCAAUGUGGAUUUUGUCAAUGUUACUGUGUUUUCUCCUGAGUUAUGAGUUUGCCUCACAAUAUGAUCUAACAAAUUAAGCCGGGUUUUCUUUCAGUCAGUUAGUUAACAAGUGUUUUGCAGUCGGGAAAUAUGGGUGGGUUAAUGAAAAUCAGGAAUUCAUGUGUAUUGCUGUUUUUGGGAACAAUGCAAACUCUUUGUGAAUGUUAUUUGUGCACAGUGUGAGGAAACAAGUAGGUGUCCGUCUCCAGGGGAAUGGAGCCAUACAUGCUGAAGUAGCAUCUGCAAGGAAGCAUUUUGGAUUGGAAAAAGAGAAGAAGCUGGCAAUUACCCUGAGGGGUAAGCUCUAAGCUUUAUCCAGUGCCUCCCAAGACCCACAUUGAGAUUUACUGUAAAAUCUAGCAUAUAAGGCACACUCGAGUAUAACAUGCAUGCUGAUUUAGCCCAAAAAUUUCAAAUAAAAAAAUAAAUUCAAAUAUAAUGUGCACCCUUAACUUUUCAAGCUUUUAGGGUGGAUGUCAGCUUUUGUUAACAGGAGGGGUGAAGGCCAUAAUCAGCUGUAAAUGUUGAAAAAUCUCACUGUUACAAU